CUCUCUGCCUGCCCUCUGCCUUAACCUCCUGGUGUGGCCCCUCAAGGUGUGCUGUGGACCUUCUCCAGGACCUGUGCCGGCAGCUGGCUUGGUGCUCCUUUCAGCUGCCCACCAUGGCCCAGGGGCUGCCCAGCACCACCAGCCUGGUGCGCUUCUGCCAGAAACUGAACCGGCUGAAGACACUGGAGGAGUCCACCAGGGAGAUGUCACUGUGGCACCACCUGACCAUGCUGGACCUGACCCUGCUGGGUGUGGGUGGUAUGGUGGGCUUGGGCCUCUAUGUGCUCAUGAGCACCGUGGCCAAGCACACUGCUGGCUCUGCUGUGCUCGUGUCCUUUGGCGUGGCCGGCAUGACCUCCCUGCUGGCAGCCCGAUGCUAUGCAGAGUUCGAGGUGCAUAUGCCCUGCACUGGCUCUCACUACCUGUUCACCUACAUGUCCAUGGGUGAGCUGUGGGCCUUCCUCGUUGGCUGGAUGGUGCUCCUCCAGUGUCUCAUUAGUGGUGCUGCCGUGGCCCAUGCCUGUUGCUGCAACUUAGAUGCUGUCUUCAACCACCACAUCCACAGCUUCACCGAAGCCCACGUGGGCAUCUGGCAGGUGCCCUUCCUGACCCAGUACCCGGACUUCUUGGCUGCUGGCAUUAUACUUUUGGCUUCCGCAUUCAUCUCCUGCAGAGUGCACACCUCUUCCUAUCUCAACCGCACCUUCUCUGCCAUCAGCCUGGUCGUCAUCCUCUUCAUCAUCAUCCUGGGGUGUGUCCUGGCCCGCCCACACAACUGGAGCGCUGAGGAGGGUGGCUUUGCGCCCUUCGGCCUCUCCGGCAUCAUGGCCGGUGCCGCCACCUGCUUCUAUGCCUUCGUGGUCUUUGGUGCUAUUUCUGCCUCCAGCAAAGAGGCCCGGAACCCAAAGCGAGCUGUGCCUAUGGCCAUCAUCAUCUCUCUUGGCCUGGUGGCUGGUGCCUACAUCCUCGUCUCCACUGUGCUCACCCUCAUGGUGCCCUGGCACAGCCUGGAGCCUGACUGGGCGCUCAGUGAUGCCUUCUACCAGUGGGGCUAUGGCUGGGCAGGCUUCAUAGUGGCAGCUGGCGCAAUCUCCAUGAACACUCCUCUGCUUAACAUCUUCCUCUUCCUGCCAUGCAUGGUCUGUGCCAUGGCCACCGACGGGCUCUUCUUCCAGGUGUUUGCCCACAUAAACCCCCGGACGCAGGUGCCUGUAGUGGGCAUCCUGAUGCUCGGGGUCCUCAUGGCUUUCCUGGCACUGCUGCUGGACCUCGAGGCACUGGUCCAGUUCCUGUCCAUCGAAACACUGCUGGAAUGUACACUUGUGACCAUCGGCAUUAUCAUGCUUCGCUUCCCUAAGGCCCCUCCAUCCAGUUCCCAGGGCCCAGCCAGCCCUGGUCCUGUGGCCAAGGAAAAUGACGAUACCUCAGGCCAAAGACAGCUGGUGGGCACAGAGCGCACAGAGCCCGGGCAGCUGCGACCAGCCCUGAGGCCCUACCUCGGCUUCCUGGGUGGGUGCCAGCCUGGAGCUGCCGUGGCUUGGGCACUUGGUGUCCUGGUGGCCUCGGCCAUCACUCUGGACUGCGUGCUGGUCUUCAGGGACUCGGUCCUGCACCUCCCGCUCUGGGGCUACACCCUGCUGCUCCUGCUCAGCUCCGUCAUGUUUCUGCUCAGUCUCCUCAUCCUGGGGGCCCACCAGCAACAGCGCCAGCAGGAUACCUUCCAGGUUCCCAUGGUGCCCCUGACUCCAGCCCUAAGCAUCCUCCUCAACAUCUUCCUCAUGCUGCACCUGAGCUCCCUGACCUGGCUGUGCUUCUCCAUCUGAUUGAUGAGUGGACUCGUGGUGUAUUUUGUCUACGGCAUCCAGCACAGCAAGGAGAACCAGCGGGAGCGGCCGGGGUUGACUGCCCCAUGCGACAGCCUGGAGGAGACGGUGCAGGCCCUGCAGCCCCCCAGCCAGGCACUGGCCCAGGAGCCCGGACACAAGGGGCAACCCGCCAGUCCAUGA